GACUCCCCUGAGGAACCCCCUCCCCCAGGAGUCGGAGAAACUCUCGAGGAGACAUGAAGAUCAUCUCCAGGACUUGGACUUCUCCCCGAGAGACCCAAAAAUCAUCUCCCCAGGGAGUCACCAGGAGUCGCUGCACCUUCGUCGAGAGACUUACCUGAACCCAGACCCAAAGUUCUGCAAACUCCCCCCUCUGCAGCCCCUGAAGCAAGAGGAGGACUUUGACGACUCGUUGUCGCCAAAACCUGAUGAAAAUGAUGACCAGAAGAAUCCAGGGAACUUCUCAGCCCUCAUUGACGAUCUGGCGAGCUUCACAACCCCUCAGAAAUCGAACUGUCCACGUGAGAAUCGAGGGCUGACUGUCACCAGGACCAUCAGGGAGGAGAUAACCUUCUCCAAUCACACGUUUGAGGUCUCUGCGUCCAGGGGGGAGGCCCAGAGACACCUGGGGAAGCUGGAGUUCUGCGUCGAGACACCUGGAGUUGAUCGCAAGGUCCAGAUAAAUCGUCAGGGACAAUCAGGGAGCGAUGAGUUCCAGGAUUUCUCUGGGGUUUCGACUUCCCUGAGGUUUCUGAGAGGACAUAAUGAGGGUUUCAGUGUGAGUUGUCAUACUGGAGGGACUGGAGGUGCUCAGAAUCCCCAGAGGAGUGAGCAACGACAAUCAGAAGGUGAGGAUUUCCACAAUUUUUCAGGGAUUUCCACUUGUUCGAGAGAUUUCAGAGGCACUGAGGCCUUCUCAGCCCCAGAUUAUGGCUCUGGAGGGGCUGGACAUCAUCAGAGCCACAUGAGGAACGAUCAUCGACAAUCAGAGACCGAUGGAGUCCACAAUUUGUCAGGGGUUUCAAGCUCCUCAAGGACUUCAAAAGACCCUGGAGGCUUUUUACACCCAAUUUACGCCCCUGGAGCCCCUGGAAAUCAUCAAAAAAGUCAUCAACAUCAGUCAGAACCUGAUGGGCUCCACGAUUUCUCUGGAAUGUCCACAUCCUCGAGGAUUUCCAGAGCCUCCCAGGAAGACUUCCCCCAGAGCUGUCCCCCUGGAGCCCCUGCAGACCUCCACGAUCACCCCUUCAACCCCCCAAGACACUCAUCAGUCGAGGAUUUCACCUCUCUCCAUCACUUUUCCCAGAACCCCUCCCAUUUCCCUCACCAAAAUCAUCAUCUCCAUCAUCAACAAUCAGACUCAGAGCACUUCCUGCGUCCCACGAAGCUGGCAAAGUCCUUCGGACGUCUCUCCCCAGUCCCACUGAACGAAUCAUCAUCGGAGCAGUCCCUUCCCCCAGUCUCGUCGUCGCCCCUGCCCUCGAUCAGAACCACAGACUCGUCGACAGUUCAGCAGGUGAUCGAGGCUGACCUCUGGCUGAAGGACGAGCCGAAGACUCCCCUGCGCCACCAGAAGUCCAUCUCCCUGGAGAGCAUCACCGAGGAGUCGUCCUUCAGACGUCAGUCGAGUCAUCCUCACAUUAAUUUCAAUUUGAACCUGACGAAGACGUUUUCGUCGCCUUUGAAGCCCACUGUCUUCGAGAUUUCACCGGUGAAGAGGUCCUCGGGGGCUCCUGGAGGGGCCAGGGCAGUCAGGGGGACGAACUACCACAGGAUCUCCCCCAGAAAACCCUCCAAGAUCAUGAAAGACAGGGCCAAGGAGAACCAGAUGAUUCUGAAGAGGACGAGGAUGGCCUUGGGGAGGCAGAAGACUAUUCCUGGGGUCAGGGUGGCCAAGCUGUCUCUCUCGAAGCUCCACAAGCCCAGAGAGGCCAGGGCCAAGGAGCAGAGUGUCAGGCUCCAUAAUCCGGAGGAGAUUAUCUCGAGUGUCUUCAAUCCUGAUCCCUUCGCUGCCACCAUGACUGAGGAUCCAUUCCUCGCCUCCAGUCUUUAUUAUGACGAGAAGUGGAUGUGGAGCCAGGAGGUGGAGUUCAAGAAGUGGCUGAAUGCUCUGCUGACACCUCCGGAGCAUCUCAAUGCUGAUGUGGACAGUGGGAAGGUCGACGUGGGGAAGGUCUGGCAGUCCUGCAGGACCAAAGAGUCCAUCCCCCUGGCGGAGACCCGUGAAGCAGUCUCGGCAAGGUACCACACCAACCACCGCCUGAACACCCUCCGUAAGGCGGCCCUCGUCCUCUUCAACAGUCCCGAGGUGCGCUCAGUCCUCUCCAAGACAGUUCUCACAAUCGAGAAGGGGAACCUGGUGGUGCGCCAGGACCGGGACCUCCACCGGGACAUCGGCCUCCAGAAGGAGAUCCUCGAGCUAUUCUUCAGCUACAACCCCCUGUGGCUGAGAAUCGGCCUGGAGGUCGUCUACGGGGAGACGAUUCCCCUCGCCUCUAACAACGACCUCGUCGGUCUCACCAAGUUCCUCAUCUCCAGGUUCUUCAACGACCCCUUCCUCUCGGAAAAGUUCUCCCACCAGAACUCGACCCUCAAGACCCCCAACUUCAUGCCUAAUCUCAACAAAUUUAUCCUGAAGAAGUUUAUUCUUCUCGUUUAUUUUCUGGACCACGCGAAGAGGAGUAAAUUGAUAGGCCACGACCCCUGCCUCUUCCACAAGAGGGCCCUCUUCAAGGAGAGCAGGGAGAUCCUCCUGAAUUUCUCCAGGCAAACGCUGAGUGGAGUUGGCGACAUCACGAAGAUGCUGAAGCCUCAUGGCUACGUUCUCAUGCACAAGCAGACGUAUCUGGACGAGUACGAUUACGCUGUUAAGGACCUCUCGGUGGACCUCAGGGACGGCGUGAGACUCUGCAGGGUCAUGGAGCUCAUCAUCGGAGGGAUCAACCUGACCUCCAGGUGCAGGACUCCAGCGAUCUCCAGACUCCAGAAGGUUCACAAUGCAGACCUAGCUCUUUCUGCCCUCCACGAAGCUGGUUACGUUAUCACCGGGGACAUCGACGCCAAAUCAGUGGCUGAUGGCCACCGAGAGAAGACCCUGAGCCUCCUCUGGCAGAUAAUCUACAAAUUCCAGGCUCCAAGGUUCGAGAAAGCAGCCAAGACCUUGCAGAAAUGGUGGAGAGCCAAUUUGUACUACAUCUUGGUCAGGAACUACCUCAGAAGUCGAAGGAGUGAUGCUGCUCUUACAAUUCAGUGCUGCUGGAGAUCCUACAGAUCCAGGAGGAUCUUCCAAGCCCUCAAAACCACGAAGCAAAUCGAAUUCCUCCAGAAGAACGACGCUGCGAGGACAAUUCAGACCUGGUGGAGAUCCCUGAAGGACCGAAGAUCCUUCCUGACCACUAAGAAGGCAGCAAUGAUCCUCCAGAGGAGCUGGAGGAGGUACAGGACCUCCAAACCGUACCUCCAAGACCUCCAGAACAAGAAGAACGCAACAGUCGUCAUCCAGAGGCUCUUCAGGAGCUACAGACUCAUGAAAUCCCAGCGAGAUAAUUAUCUAGAGACUCGUAGGGCUGUCCUGAUGCUCCAGAGGUGGUACAGGACAGUCUCCCAGGGUCGCAAGGACCUCGAGGCCUUCAACAACCUGAGGAAAUCCACAAUCUUCGUUCAGAGAAGAUUCAGAGCUAAUAAAUCCAUGAAACUCCAGAGGAAUAAUUAUCUCGAGGUUCUAACGAGUGUCAAGACCAUUCAGAGAUGGUGGAGGAGACAUUUACUAACGAAAAAGACGAGGAACGAGUUCAUCAUCAAGAAGCAUUCAGUCAAAAUCAUCUCUGAUUGGUACAGUGGUCUUCAAUCAAUGAAAAUCUCGAGAAAAUCGUUUUUGGAGAAGAGAAACUCAGCAGUUGUCAUUCAGAGGGCCUUCAGGAGGUUCAGGGAGACCAAAGAUCAUCGUCAGCAUCUGAAGAAGCUCCUGGGGGCAGCAGUUGUCCUCCAGACCUGGUGGAGGCGAGUGAACUACCAAAAACAAUUCCAAACUAAACGAAAAUCUGCCAUCACCAUCCAGAGAUGGUACAGAUCUUCGAAAAUCACGACCCAACUGUAUCACAACUAUCUCCAACUCAAGACCGCUGCCAUCGUCAUCCAGAAGACCUUCAGGAUGAAGACAGCACGUAAAAACUAUCUCAGAACAAAGAGAUCAGUCUCAACAAUCUCAAACUGGUACUCAAACCUCAGAGAAUCAAGAGCAAUCAGAGAUGAAUUCACCAGGAAGAGGAAUGCAGCCCUCACCCUUCAGAGGUGGUUCAGGGGUCUCCAAGCCACAAGAAAACAUCGCAAGGACUUCCUGGAGCUGAGAAAGAACAUCCUAAUAAUCCAGACCCUCUGGAGAUCUAAAAUCCUCACUGAAAAAACGAGAGCUCAAUUCUUGCAGAUAAAAGCUGCAGUUCUGAGGCUCCAGACCAUCUCCAGGGGAUUCCUAGCGAGAAGGGCUUUCAGGCACCUCCAGGAACGCGAAAGAGCUGCCAAGGUCCUCCAGAGGGCCUGGAGAACCCGAAAACACUCGAAACAAAUCAGAGAGAGCUAUUUAAUCAAAAGAAACUCGAUUGUGUGCAUCCAGAGGCGACUCAGGGCGACUCUAGCAGCAAGAAGAUCCCGACGUGACUACGAGGCCCUCAGGAUCGCUGUCGUCAGCGUCCAGAGGAGGUUCCGUGCCCAGAGGAUGAUGAGGAAGUCGAGGGAAUCGUUUUUGGAGAAGAAAAGGGCGAUCGUUCUGCUGCAGUCGUUCGUGAGGAUGAGGAGGUGCCUUGGGAACUAUCAGAGGGUGAGAGCAGCUGCUGUUGUCAUCCAGAGGAGGUGGAGGUCGACGAUUGUCUCCAGGGGGGUGAGAGGGGAUUUCCUGGAGCUGAGGACAGCCUCGAUUUCCAUCCAGAGGAGAUUCAGGGCGACGUUGGAGGGGCGGAGAGUCAGGGAGGAGUUCCUGAGGGUGAGGGCAGCUGUGGUGAGGGUCCAGAGGACCUGGAGGAGGAAACUGAGGGCGAGGGAGUGGGCAGAGGCUGCUGCUGAGAGGAGGAGGCUCGAGGAGACCCUCAGGAGGCGGACCACCGCUGCUGGGGUCAUCCAAGCUGCUUGGAGGGGACACCAGGUGCGUAAAGAGCAGUCAACAAAGAUAAAAGAGCUGCGCAUUCGUUCCAAAAGAGCAGCGGAGGCAGCGGUUCCCUCGACCACAGUGGCCUACCGUCUCGAGGAAGCCAUGAACGGUCUGAUGACCUUCAACAACGUGGGUCAGCUCUCGAUGUGCCUCGCGUGCAUCGACACCCUGACGAGACUCAGCAUCAGGGGUUGCGUGAUGUUCUGCGAGCUCCAGCUGGUGGAGAAGAUCUACGACCUCCUGGAGCAGUCCAACAGGUCGCUGCCCUGGAUGGACGUGUGCCUGAGGUGCACCAACAUCCUGAUAACCCUGGCGAAGCUGCCGGACACUGCUGGGGAGGUCAGGAGGCUGGAGUACAUGGAGACUGUGGCGAGACUGAUGAAUGUCACGAUCAAGGGACAGGUGGAGCUGUUCCUGAACCUGGCGACUCUGCUGUGGGUUCUGCUGGGUGACGAGGAGUUCAGGGUGCAGGUGAUCAAUGACCGGAGGACAUUCUGGCUGGUGAAGAGUGCCUGCAGUGCUGGGCUCAAGAGGGAGGGGAGAGUGACCCCUGCGAAGAGGAAGAACACGAGCAUGGAGAGGAUAGUUGUCAUUCCGAAUGCCAAACCUGACUGGGGUCUGGCUAACAGGCGCCCCAGGUGCUUCCUGAAGGUGGAGCACGCGUUGUGGGUGCUGAUGGAGAUGUUUGGAAUCGAGAGUUUUGCAGUUUAACCUGAACCUCCUCUGGGAGAUGAUCUGCAAAUUCCAGGCUCCAAGGUUCGAGGACGCAGCCAAGACCUUGCAGAAAUGGUGGAGAGCCAAUUUGUACUACAUCUUGAUCAGGAACUACCUCAGAAGACGAAGGAGUGAUGCUGCUGUUACAAUCCAGCGCGGCUGGAGAUCCUACAGAUCCAGGAGGAUCUUCCAAGUCCUCAAAACCAAGAAGCAAAUCGAAUUCCUCCAGAAGAACGACGCUGCGAGGACAAAUCAGACCUGGUGGAGAUCCCUGAAGGACCGAAGAUUCUUCCUGACCACCAAGAAGGCAGCAAUGAUCCUCCAGAGGAGCUGGAGGAGUACGGGACCUCCAAACCGUACCUCCAAGACCUCCAGAACAAGAAGAACGCAGCAGUCGGCAUCCAGAGGCUCUUCAGGAGCUACAGACUCAUGAAAUCCCAGCGAGAUAAUUAUCUAGAGACUCGUGGGGCUGUCCUGAUGCUCCAGAGAUGGUACAGGACAGUCUUCCAGGGUCGCAAGGACCUCGAGGCCUUCAACAACCUGAGGAAAUCCACAAUCUUCGUUCAGAGAAGAUUCAGAGCUAAUAAAUCCAUGAAACUCCAGAGGAGUAAUUAUCUCGAGGUUCUAACGAGCGUCAAGACCAUUCAGAGAUGGUGGAGGGGACAUUUACUAACGAAAAAGACGAGGAACGAGUUCAUCAUCAAGAAGCAUUCAGGCAAAAUCAUCUCUGAUUGGUGCAGUGGUCUUCAAUCAACGAAAAUCUCGAGAAAAUCGUUUUUGGAGAAGAGAAACUCAGCAGUUGUCAUUCAGAGGUCCUUCAGGAGGUUCAGGGAGACUAAAGAUCAUCGUCAGCAUCUGAAGAAGGUCCUGGAGGCAGCAGUUGUCCUCCAGACCUGGUGGAGGCGAGUGAACUCCUAAAAAUAACUCAAAACUUGACGAGAACCUGAUGUUAUUCUGUAUUUCUGUUUCGAUUCAUACUUUUGGGGGCUUGGAAGAUGCUUUCUUGGGUUCUUUUCAUAAUAAUAUUGAGAGAGGGGAAAGAGUAGUUGAAAAAUGAAUUUAGAAUUUACUGCAUUUACUUUUUUUUCAAUAUUUUUUUGAAUCAUAGAUUUGUUAUAAUGAAUUUUCAAAAAUACCAUCAUUCAACUUAAAAAUAUGAAUGUGGAGAUAGAGUUAAGCUUUUGUGGACAAUCGGAAUAUUUUUUUAUCGUAAACUAGAGUAGGCCAUUCUUGCACUGUAAAUAAUUAUACUAGAUAAUUACCGUUGACAAAAAUUUUUAUACUUGUGAUGUCGUUUGAUACUUCAAAGAAGCUCGGGAUUGAAAGAAUGUGUUCCCUUUUUAAUAAUACUUUUUAUUGCAAUAAAUAUAAUAAACA